UUGAAGAGCACUCAAGGCCACCAACUUCAUUUAGUUCGCCAGAAGGAUAAUGGAGUUGUGUCGCACAAGCACAAGCAGAAACUUUUGGGAAGGACAAUGGUGAUGCUAUUUGGCGAGCACAUCCCAGAUGUUGCCUGCAGUUUCGGGGAUGACACGGAGUCAAGGCUAACAAAGUUGUGUAGUAGUUGCGGCGAGAGUCGGAAGACUUGGGGUGCUUUCCGGGGCUUCACCCAUGAUGAAGUUGCAAUGACGAAUCAGGCAGCAGCUGUAGUGUAUUGUGGUACUCUUUCGUUUACCUCAGGAGCUUCUUGCUAUGUACAUUGUGACAACUAAGUAUUGGAAAGGAAGGAAAUCGUGAGCUGAGCCAUAUUGAGACGAAGAUAGCAACGCACGCAGGUUUUGGACAAUACUCGCAGCGUUUUAAGUAGCAGCCAUGGAGAAGAGCUUACAUGACGAGUGUCAUGAAGGUCUCUGCACGCACAAGAAAGUUUGUAGUGAGGUUCACAGAACUGUACAAGGAGGACCUCGAUCUCUGCAUGGCGAGGUCUCCGCAACAGUAACGUGGAGGGACUUAAACGUCACAGUGUCGAACCUCAAGGGAAAAAAACGCACCGUCUUGUUCAACGCUACCGGAUUAGCUGAACCUGGGAAGCUCAUGGCGAUUAUGGGUCCUUCUGGUUCAGGGAAAACAACGCUCCUUGACGCUCUCGCAGGUCGCUGGGCUCGUAAUGCGACACAUACUGGUGAAAUUCUUCUGAACGGUCGGAAGCAACAGAUGUCAUAUGGCACUGCGGCAUACGUUACCCAGGACGACAUUCUAACUGGAACAUUGACUGUACGUGAGACAAUUCAAUACGCCGCACAGCUUCAGCUGCCAAGUUCCUUGUCGAAAGCAGACAUGAAUAAUAUCGUCGAACAAACUAUUUUGGAAAUGGGGCUUAGAACGUGUGCUGAUACAAAAGUUGGCAACUGGCAUUUGAAAGGGCUUAGUGGAGGUGAAAGACGACGACUGAGCAUUGCGGUUGAGGUCUUGACUCGACCACGCUUAAUGUAUCUGGACGAGCCUACCAGUGGCCUUGAUAGUGCUGCGGCUUUUUUUGUCACAACAAAGCUUCGAAACUUGGCAAGAGAUGGAAAGACGAUCAUAGCAUCCAUUCAUCAACCCAGCAGCGAGGUGUUUAACUGCUUUGACACCCUUUUCCUGUUAUCCGAAGGACGAACCAUUUACUUUGGACCCGCGUCUAAAGCCUUGGAGUAUUUCGAAUCUGUGGGAUUACCCUGUCCUCCGUUUCGAAGCCCCUCAGAUCAUUUCCUUCGGGCUAUCAACCCAGAAUUUGAUGAUCAAGAGCUUGACACUUCUCUGAUCAAGGACAUGGAAAGAGGUGGUGCCUUGGAGAAUAUGUCAACUGUUGAAGUUGUCAAGAUACUCAUCGAUGCAUACGUGUGUUCUGAUGCUGCGUAUGAUGCGAAUGUGAAGAUUCAAAACUUGUCAAAAAAUGGUGGAAAACUAUUGGAUCAGAAUGGUAGUCAAGCAAAAUUCAUUACCCAAACAAGUGCGCUGACACGCAGAUCUUUCCGAAACAUGCGUAGGGACUUAGGUUACUAUUGGUUGCGUUUUAUCAUCUAUAUCGCGCUCGGUGUCAGUAUUGGCAGUGUCUUUCGAAAUGUUGGCACUUCAUGGAACUCAAUCCGAUCGAGAGCAGGUUCGAUAACGUUCAUGACUGGUUUCCUAACGUUCAUGUCUAUUGGAGGCUUCCCCUCUUUCGUAGAAGAUCUCAAGGUGUUUAGUCGUGAGAGAUUGAAUGGUCAUUAUGGUGUGGGAGCGUUCGUGUUGGCUAACUCGAUUUCUUCAGCGCCGUUCCUAUUUUUUAUUUCUUUGCCUACCUCCCUUGUAACCUACCUCUUAGUGGGAUUACAUCCUGGAUUUGGUCAUUUCUUUUAUUUUCAAAUAUGUCUUUUCGCAAGUAUGUGGGUAGUUGAGAGUGUUAUGAUGGCUAUAGCAGCUCUCGUAAGUCCGAAUUACCUCCUUGGCAUCAUCAUCGGCGCUUCCGUACAGGCUGUGUACUUCUUGUGCUCAGGGUUUGCACGCCUUCCAUCAGACUACCCCAAGUUGAUGUGGAAAUACCCUAUGUUCUACGUCAGCUUUCACACAUAUUUCCUGCAGGGGAUGUCUGAGAAUGACUUUUUAGGACUCACAUUCGAGAACUACCUCAAAGGCUGGCCACGCAUUACGGGAGAGCAAGUGCUGACAGACAUUUUGCAAGUCACGGUGAGCAGGAACAAGUGGUGGAACCUUGGCAUCCUCUUCCUCAUGGUCUUCGCUUACAGAGUCAUCUUCUUCGCCACCGUCAAGUUCUCAGAGAGGCUACAACCAUGGAUCAACGGCGUGGUGCUGCCUCUGUUUCGACCAAUGGAGCCCACCGUGACUUACCAAACCAUUGCACCCGUGUCUGCAAGCCCUAUCAACAUCAUGACUCCCAUGAGGCCCCUCAUCAACGGCAGACCCUCCUCAUGAAUGCCACUCCACAUGAUGUUUUCUUCUUCUACUUCUUCUUCUGUAUUUUUUUUUAAAAACAAUCCAUGAUGUCAUUUCAGGAACUGGGCUGCUGCCAGGACCAAACAUCAUAACCCCGGCAAUGGCUGUGAGGAACUCACAAAUGAUGAGACUAGGACUCCAGGAAUUGAUUCCACGACCAGGUGUGGAGCUGCUCUUAGAAUUCAUUCAUACUAUAGCUCAAGGAAAAAUUGUGAUGCCAAUAAACAUAUUUUAGUUCUCUCCCAUUUCACCCUUCUGAGACAGAGUUAGUUGGAAUCCUGCGAUUGUUCGAAGACGUUCAACGGGUUGCUAGUGUUGGUUAUUUCUUUCAGACUUUGUGCACCUUGGUGUAGCUCUUCUAUUUCUCUGUCUUAUAUUUAUAUAUGUGUAUGUGUUUAUCAAUGUUAACAUGGUUACAUCUCUUGAGGUCUUUGGAAA